GUAUGUGAUAUCAUUGCAUCGUUUAGAGGUUUUGACAUUCAUAGGACACAGACUGGAAACAAUAAAUGGAUUCAUUAGAAGAUGAAUUUGUGAUGUCUAUCUAAUUUUCUACAGUUAUGACAUUCAACACCCGAGUACAGAGGGAGAGAAUUGUUGGACGUCAAAUUGAAAAUAGCUUAUUUUUUCUUUCCCUUAUUUGAUCUCCAAUGUUCCCAUUUGAACCAGCGGUCCACUGUCCCCACCACACCAAGCCGGAACACGCCUCCCCAGGAGACUCCAUCGCCCUCACUGUCUCCCCCGCCACCGACGGCUGCCCUCAUUGCACCGUCGCCCUGUCAAUCAGCGACGGGGCGGGACCUGCCGACAGCCUGGCCAAUUUGGAGGUGGAGGAAGGAGCUUUGGAGAAGACGGACGGGGAGGGCAGCAAAUGCGAUGCCGGGAAGGAGGAAGUGAAAGACGCGGCUCCCGCUAAGGUUUCUGGGGGAUGUAGGCGGGGGUGUGGGAAGCUGUGGGAGGAGACGAGGUUGAAGUUGUUGGGGAUCGUGGAGAGCAAGUACUUCAAUAGAGGAAUUAUGAUCGCUAUCCUCAUCAAUACCAUCAGUAUGGGCAUUGAACACCACAACCAGGUAUGGAUCUCUUCCUCAUCUCUCUCCCUCUCUCUCCCUCUAUCUCUCUCUCUCUCUCACUCCACAUAG